AUGUAUGAGAUCUAUGCGGCCGGCGCGGCGGCGGCGUUCACGGUGGACUGCCUGAUCUACCCGCUUGAUACCCUCAAAACGAGAUACCAAAGCCAGGACUUUGUCCAGACAUAUGCAUCCUCACCAGGCAGCGCGAAGCCGCAGCUGUAUCGCGGCCUCUACCAGGGCAUCGGCAGUGUCAUCCUCGCCACACUGCCGGCAGCCGGCAUCUUCUUCGCAACGUACGAGAGUAUGAAGCGCACAAUCUCGCUGGCCGUGCCGGCGGCACCGCAGCCGCUCGUUCACUCAUCGGCCUCGGCAAUCGCCGAGAUGGCUUCGUGCGUGGUGCUGGCGCCUGCCGAGGUGAUUAAGCAGAAUGCGCAAAUGCUGCGACAGCAAUCGGGCGGAUCACAAAAGUCGACAUCGCUCGAGGCGCUGCGGCAGGUCACAGGCUCGGGGGCGAGUCGACGUUUGUUCUCCGGUUACACGGCUCUUGUUGCGCGCAACUUGCCGUUUACGGCCCUCCAGUUUCCCAUUUUCGAGUACGUGCGACAGCAAACCUGGGACAGUCGACACCCGGGGCAGGCACACGACUCACACGGGCUGCUCGAGACGGCCGCAGUCAAUGGCGUGAGCGCUGGUUCGGCGGGAGGAUUUGCAGCCUGGAUCACGACGCCGAGCGAUGUCGUCAAGACGCGAAUGAUGCUGACAGCAAGCGAUGACAAUAAUUCGUUGGGGAAGAAAACGAGCCGGGGCAGCGUGGCUGUCGCGCAGGACGUGUACCGCAGCCACGGCGUCAAGGGGCUGUUCCGCGGCGGCCUUUUGCGUGCGAGCUGGACAGCUCUGGGGAGCGGACUGUACCUGGGGACGUACGAGAUGUCAAAGGUCUGGCUGACGCGCGGGAAAGAUGAUUCAGAGGUGCUGGGCGCUGUGUAA